CUGAGGCGCCGCUCUGCGCUCGCUCUCCAUGGUCCUGGCUCUGAAGGGCCGCUCUGCGCUCGCUCUCUAUGAUGCCGAGGCGCCGCUCUGCGCUCGCUCUCGAUGGUAGAGAGGCCGCUCUCCGCUGGCUCUAUGGCGCUGGCGGUGGUGCGGCCCCUGGACGCCCUGCCCGCGGAGCUGCCCCCGGGGGUGGCGGUGCUGCUGGCCCCGGCCCCGCUGGCGGCGCGGCUGCGCGGGGCGGGCGGGCCGGCGCUGGUGCUGGCGGUGCGGCCCGCGGGCCGGCCCGGGGCCCAGCCGGCGCUGCUGAGCGCGGCGCUGCUGGCGGGCGGGCCGGGCGGCGGCGCCGAGCUGUGGCUGCGCGGCGGCUGGCGGCGGCGGCUGGGGCUGGCGGCGGGGCGGCGGGUGGCGCUGUGGCCGGUGCGGCGGCCGCCGGCGCUGGGCUGGGCGCUGCUGGGCGCGGGGCCGGGGCCGGGGCCGGGGCCGGGGCUGGGGCUGGCGCGGCGGGGCGAGGCGCUGCCGGGGCCGGGGCCGGGGCCGCUGCUGCUAGAGGCGCGGCCGGCGCUGCAGGGGCUGCUGGGCGCGGGGACGCGGCUGGCGCUGACCGAGCUGCGGCCGGAGCGUGGGGCCCCCGCGCCGGGCCCGGGGCCGCCGCCGCUGGUGUCCCGGUUCGCGCGGGGCGCAGGGGCCCCGGCCCGGCUGCGGGCGCUGCGCGGGGACCCGGCGCCCUGGGGGCUGGCGGCCGAGCCCGGGGCCGGAGCGGGCGCGGCGCUGUGGGUGACCCGGCGCUGCCUGCGCGGCCUCGGGCUCUUCCAGGGCGAGUGGGUGCGGCUGCGGCGGGAGGGCGAGGCCGGGCCCGGCGAGGCGCACCUGGCGGCCGUGCUGGCCCUGCAUCCCCGCUGGGACUUCCCGCAGGAGCCCCAGGACCCCCCGGAGGGCUCGGCCGUCAUCCCGGCUGCGCUGGCCUUCAACCUGGCCUGCGACCCGCUGGGCGGGAGCCACCUGCUCAUCCAGAGGUAUGGGGAAGCUCCUGGUAUGGAAAAGAGACAAGGAAGUCGGUCCUUGCUAUCCAUUCCGCCCUUUGCGAAGGAACUGCACAUAGAGAUUGUCUCCUCACCAGCCUACAGCACCAGAGGAGUCUAUGACAGUAUUCUCCACCAGCACUUCCAAACUCCCAGGUUGGUCCAGGAGGAUGAUAUCCUGUGUAUUCCGACAGCUGGACAUCCUGAGUUCUUGGAAGGAAAUUCAGAGAAAUUUCUUAGCUGGCCGGAGCUGUACUUCAUGGUGAAGAAGAUUGUAGGGGUGGCGGAAGGAGAGCAGUCUGUGGGGUACCUGGCUGACAUCCAGAACACAUCGCUGUACCUGGUGGGUUCAACGAACAGCGCUGUGCCAUCUUCCCCAAGCCGUGGUGGCCAUGGGUUUUGGAGCAGUCUGUCUCCCGCCGGGCUCUCUGAUGUGGUGACGCAGCUCUGUGAUGCUCUCCGGCCUCAUCUGAACAGCAGGGGGACUGCGCUACGUGGAACAGACAGCGUUCUGCUGGCGGGACCCAGUGGUGGGGGGAAGCUGACGGCUGUCAGAGCUGCAUGUAGUUGCCUCAAUCUUCACCUGUUCAAGGUGGACUGCGUUAGUUUGUGUGGAGACACUAGUGGAGCUACAGAGAUGAAGCUGCAAUCUGCCUUUGCACAGGCUGAACUCUUCCGGCCUUGUGUGCUCCUGCUGAAGGACAUCGAGCUACUGGGACGAGACCGGGAUGGGCUGGGAGAGGACUCCAGAGUCACUGCUACACUAAGGCACCUCCUCCUGGAAGGAGAUGCGGGAUCUAGCGGUUACCCUGUCCUGGUGGUUGCCACCACGUGCCGGCCUCAGGACGUCCUGGCAGACGUGCAGACAGCUUUCCUGCAUGAGGUGACGGUCCACGCCCCAUCGGAAGAGCAGCGGAAGGCCAUGCUGAGCACGCUCACUGCCAGCCUUCUGUUGGGCAAGGAAGUGAGCCUGGCCAAACUAGCGCGGAGAAGUGCAGGGUUUGUGCUGGGAGAUUUCUGCGCUUUGCUGGCCCAAGGAGGCCGGGCAGCUUGCACCAGGAUCUUAACCUCAAGUUUCCCAGGGGGGCUGAGUGAGGACGAGGAGAGAGAUUUUUGUGCUGCUGGGUUCCCUGUUCUCGCAGAAGAUUUCAACAUUGCAUUGGAUCAGCUGCAUGAGACUCAUUCGCAGGCAGUUGGAGCCCCAAAGAUCCCCGCGGUCACCUGGCAGGACAUCGGCGGGCUCCAGGAAGCGAAGAAGGACAUCCUGGACACCAUCCAGCUGCCUCUGGAGCACCCGGAGCUACUGUCUGUGGGGCUGCGCCGCUCUGGCCUUCUGCUCUAUGGGCCUCCUGGGACAGGAAAGACCUUGCUUGCCAAAGCUGUGGCCACGGAGUGCACCAUGACGUUCCUCAGUGUGAAAGGGCCGGAGCUCAUUAACAUGUACGUGGGGCAGAGCGAAGGGAAUGUGCGCCAAGUGUUUGCCAGAGCCCGGGCAGCUGCCCCCUGCAUUAUCUUCUUUGAUGAACUGGAUUCCUUGGCACCCAACCGGGGACGGAGCGGAGACUCCGGCGGAGUUAUGGACAGAGUUGUCUCCCAGCUGCUAGCAGAGCUUGAUGGACUUCAUUCCACCAGAGACGUAUUUGUGAUCGGCGCCACCAACAGACCUGACCUGCUGGACCCAGCACUGCUCCGGCCUGGCAGGUUUGACAAGCUGGUCUAUGUCGGCAUGAAUGAGGACCGGGAGUCUCAGCUGCGAGUGCUGAGCGCCAUCACCAGGAAGUUCAAACUGGACCCUUCAGUGAGUCUCAGCAGUGUCCUGGAUCAGUGCCCUGCCCAGCUGACGGGAGCAGAUCUGUACGCGCUCUGCGCAGACGCCAUGAUGUGUGCCGUCAAACGGAAGACUAUGGGGCUAAAGAACAUUCUACACUGCAAGAUGUGGCAGGGUGCCCUUCGCCCUCGGGAAGCUGGCGGGGUGGUGUUCUCCAGACCCAGCCGUUCCGCCCGAAUUGAGUUCACGUCUCUGCCUUCCACAAGGGCUGGACACAGAGAGCUCCGCUCUAGUUCUGACCAUGGAGGAUUUUGGACAAGCUGCCACAAGGCUGCAGCCAUCAGUUUCGGAGCAGGAGCUGCUCAAAUACAGAGUGAUCCAGCGGAAGUUUGCUGCCUGCUAGCCUGCAGUGAGAAGGGAAGGCGCACACAAAGCCCUAAUCCGGAGAAGGCCAAGAGGAUUCAGGACAGGCAUGUGGGCUGGAGAAGUGGAGAGGGGGAGGUGUCAUCACCUGCUGACUCCUGGCCAACCCUGGCCCCCCGUUCAUGGAUGGGGCACAGCAUUUAGCCAUGGCUCUGAGGCUGUCGGCAGCACAGCUGGGGUUCAUGCUCCUGCUCCUCAUGUCCUAGUCCCCCUCCUCCAACCUCACAGCCUGGCCCUCACCCCUAUAGCCACCAUCCCGCCCUAUAAUCUGGUGUGUGAGGAAGGGGCUUGAGCUGAGUUGUGGAUCUCAAGGGAAAGGAGUGUGACCAAAGCCCCUGUGAGACCCUGCACUAGUCAUGGAUUGUCCCAUGACCUUGUGCCCUCCCCCUAGAGUAGGCAGAGAUCCUGAGCUUGGGGGUGGAUUGUCUUCCAGGAGUGAAAAAUCCUCCUCUCUCCUACAGCCUUCCUGGGUUGUGAGGGAAUUAGCAGACGCCUUCUGCUCUGGAUCAGCGUUGUGGUCAGUGCAGGAAAUAGCGUCCCUGCUGCUGGGCUGGGGGCUGUGUUCCAUGCGCCCUUCUAGGGCUCCUCCCAAUCUCCAGGAACCGCAGCAGCUGCUUCUCCCAGGCUGUGUGCCAUGGUGCAGCAUGGGGGGAUCGGUCCCUGUGCGCUGGCACUGACCUGAGAUCGGAGUUGGAGAGAAACGGGGCUUGGUCUGUUGCACUAAAUCCAAUGAUUGGGGAGCACCAAGGAACUGUGGAGCUGUAUCUCUGGGCAAUCGCCACAGCUGGGGGGGUGCAGUAGGGCCCUGUCCCAGCUGGGGUGGCAGGGGGUGUAUGGGGGAGACCAUGAGAGCAGGACAGUUCUGGGAGGGAGGAAGGGCUGUCGGUGUGGGUUUGUGUCAGAAUUGCACUGUUUCAGGCAGAUGUGUCUUAUUCUCCAAAGCUGUCAUGGUGCUGUGCAUGCAGCUGGGGGCUCUGGCCGUAGGCCUUGCACUGUUCUCCUGGCAGGAGUGGGAUUCACACCCAUAGCUCCUCUCCCUGAAUACAGGGCCAGCCUAAAACCUGGCACCACGGAAGGGGUGGACUUGUGCUGGUCUUCAGCAUGGAGGGGAAUCUCAUCCUGAAUGAGAGAGAACUUCCUUGUGGAGCUUUAGCCAGGGGUGGUGAGAGGGUCCCCUGCUGCUUUCCCUCCUGGCACAUGCACUACAGGCAGGGAUGGUGCUUCCGAUCACUCAGGCAGCCACGAACAAGACAGGAGUGGGAGCCAGAGCGGCAGGGAGGAAGUGUGGGUCACCUGAGACGUUCUUGCAGGGUUUCUGAACCCCCUCGCCAGCUCCCAGCACACGGGCAUGGGCACUACGCAGGGAAGAGGCAUGGAGCAGCUGCAGUGUGUGAGGACACUGCCGGCUGCACAGGUAGUGGGGAGGGGCAGAUACUGCACUGGCUGUAAAUACUGUACAGGGGCUUUCUAAAUAAAGGAGGCGUUUCUGGUCUCAUUC